AUAAUAUAUAUAUUAUUAUUGUUUUAUAUACAAAUAAAUUUCUUUUUUUUUUAAAAAAGAAACAUAUUUAUUAUCAUGAUUUCUUCUAUUACUGCUGCUGCUGCCAAGCCUCUGCUUAAAUCUUCAAUUAAACCGAUUGCUUUUCGCGCUAUUAGUCUUCGUUUUAAAGCUACGCUUCCCAAAUUACCUUAUAGCUAUGAUGCGCUAGAACCAUAUAUUAGUUCUGAUAUUAUGGAAGUACAUCAUUCUAAACAUCAUCAAACUUAUAUCAACAAUUUUAAUCAGGCAGAGGAAAAAUAUAAAGCUGCUGUUGAAGCAAAUGAUCUUAUGCAACAAUUGGCUAUUCAAAAUUCACUCAAGUUUAAUGGUGGUGGGCAUUUAAAUCAUUCUAUCUAUUGGGAGAACUUGGCUCCUAAAAAGGAAGGAGGUGGAAAGGUAGAAGAGGCAGGACAGGAAUUAUUAUCAGCCAUUCAAAAAGAGUUUGGUUCAUUUGAUGAAUUUAUAAAAAGGUUUAAUACAGUAGCUGCUGGUAUUCAAGGUUCAGGUUGGGCAUGGCUCGCAUUUAACAAGGAAACAAACCGUGUUGAGAUUGCUGCUUCUCAAAACCAGGAUACAUUGCCUGGAUUUAUGGUUCCUUUAUUAGCAGUAGAUGUCUGGGAACAUGCUUAUUAUUUACAAUACAAGAAUGUUCGUGCUGAUUAUCUUAAACAGAUUUGGGAAGUCAUUCAUUGGAAGACAGUUGCUGAACGUUUUGCAAAAGCCCAACAAUAAACUAUAUAAAUGGCACGUAUUUUUUUAUUAUUAUUAUCAAAAUACUUUUUUUUUCUCUCUCUUUUCUUUCAUUUAUGUGAUGCUAGUUAUUCUAUUUAAUUAUAUUUAACUCGAAGUUCAUGAUUUGAUUUCU